AUGCCUUCUUCGGGGUUGCCGGAUCUCAGAAUGACCUCAAUGUCCUUGGUCAAUCCCCGGUGUUCGACGAGGUAUUGCGAGGUCAUUCCCCCCCAAGUCACGUACCAAAUCAACAAUACCGUAUACUCUGGUGCCUACUACCUUACCGACAGAAUUUAUCCUAGGUGGACGACGUUCGUGAAAACAAUUCCGAAUCCCCAAUCCGAGAAGGAAAGAAGCUUUACUUCCUUUCAAGAAGGUUACAGGAAAGAUGUGGAAAGGUGUUUCGGUAUCUUGCAAGCUCGGAUGCUAGAUGAGGAGGUGCUGUGGAGUAUUAUGAUGACUUGCAGCAUCCUCCACAACAUGAUUGUGGAAGAUGAGUAUGAUGACUACGAUGCUCCAGAGGUGUUUGAACCCGAUCCCAUGAACACGACGUUGACAAUAAUAUAUGAAAGGCCGAUGGGACCAAAUGGACUACCAAUGGAGCACGAACCGUUACUUCGGGAUGGUCGAUUCAACAACCCCAUGAUUGAUCGUUAUCAAGAAAUGCAAUCUUCAUAUGUUCACGAGAGAAGUCAAGUUGACUUGAUCGAGCACUUGUGGGAGAUCAAAGGCAAUCACAAUGGAUGA